AAUCUGUCCUCGCUGGAUCGCAGGGAUUCAGACAUCAUGCAGUCAUCCGAGGGUGGAGACACACUCCAGCGUCAGUAUACAAUCUGAGCGACACACACACACCCACACACAGCCACACACACACACACACACACCCAGUCCGUGUCUCUCUGACGGUGCAUUCAGGAGGAAGCUGCAAUGGCGAUGAAAAUGGAUUUAAAAGGCAUCGUAGAGCAAAUGGAGACGGGAGAGCAGGACGCUGCUCUGGCGGCUCUGCAGAGCUACAACAGGGAGAUGGAUCACUGCUUUACGUUCAGCAAGGAAGACGAGCAGUACAGAGAGGAAGAGAAGUUACAGAAGAUGCUGGGGGAGCUGGUGCUCAGCUUCCUGAACAGGGAGUUGCAGCCGUCCUGUCAACUGGCCUGUCUAGAAACGGUCCGAAUCCUGACCAGAGACAAAGAUUGUCUGGAUCCCUUCCUCAGCCGCUCGGCCAUGUCCACUCUCGCCCGCUACGCCGGCAUCGCCGUGUUCAGUACUGCCACGCCUGCACACAGCCAGCCGGGGGAGGGCCAAGUGGAGGGUGAGGGAGGAGAGGGGGAAGAGGCAACAGAAGCAUCCAGCGAGGGGAUGGAGGAAGCCUCCCCUUCCUCAGAAAAUGCUGACCAGGAAGUUAUUGCUGAGGCUCUCAAGUCCAUCUGUAACAUCCUGCUACACAACCAGACGGGACAGAUGGACGGAUGGCAGGUGCUAGCAGCAGAUCUCCAGCUGAUUAAGGGCGUGGCAGAGAGGCUGAAGCAGUGUCAUGAUCCCAUCUGGAAACAUGAGGUGCGAUUCUUCGACCUGCGCCUCACCUUCCUGCUGACCGCCCUGAGAGUGGACGUCAGGGCGCAGCUGGCUCAGGAGCUCCACGGCAUCAGUCUGCUAGGCAACCAUUUGGAGGCCACACUGGGUCUGAGUUGGCCAGGUACGUUGGAGACGGCCAGGGCGGGGUUGGAGGACGUCCCACCGGGACAACUGCCCCCACUGAGCCGGCAGCAGAUAGAACUAGCCAUGGAGAUUCUGAAAAUCCUGUUCAAUAUCACAUUUGACACAACCAAGCGCAAGGUUGACGAGGAAGAGGCAGCUGGGUACAGACAUUUGGGAGCCAUACUGAGACACUGUCUAAUGAGCCAUGCAGACGGAGAGGAGCGCACAGAGGAGUUCCACAGCCAUACUGUUCACUUGCUAGGCAACCUCCCUCUGCCCUGUCUGGAUGUACUGUUGAUGCCCAAAGUGCAGCAAGGCUCCAUAGAGUACAUGGGGGUCAACAUGGAUGCUGUGAACAUGCUGCUGGAAUACAUGGAGAAAAGACUGGACGGGGGACAUAAGCUGAAGGAGACCCUUCUCCCGUCACUCAACUUGCUGACUGAGAGUGCCCGAAUCCACCGAGAGACCAGGAAGUUCCUCAGGUCAAAGGUUCUGCCCCCACUGCGUGACGUGAAGAACAAGCCCGAGGUGGGCAAUUCCCUGAGGAACAAACUAGUCCGUAUAAUGACCCACAUUGACACCGACGUCAAGGACUGUGCUGCUGAAUUCCUGUUUGUUCUCUGCAAAGAAAGUGUUUCAAGGUUCAUUAAGUACACUGGAUACGGUAACGCUGCAGGUCUGCUGGCUGCCAGAGGACUGCUUCGGGGGGGCAGAGACUCAGGCAUCUACUCUGAAGAUGAAGAUUCUGAGACAGAGGAGUACAGAGAGGCCAAAGCCCAUAUAAACCCAAUAACAGGAGCCGUACAAGAGGAGCAGCCUGAUCCCAUGGAGGGAAUGACAGAGGAGCAGAAAGAAAUUGAAGCCAUGAAGCUGGUCCAAAUGUUUGACCGACUGUCAAGGACCAAUUUGAUCCAGCCCAUGCAGCUCGGUAUGGAUGGGAAGAUGAGAGAGAUUACUCCAGAGGAUCUGCAUAAACUGACCCACAAUCCUUUGUUCCCGCCAGAGCCCCAACAGGAGCCGGUUAAUUCAGACAGUGAAGAUGAGGCGUAGUAAACGCAGAAGCACAAAGGCAGAAACAGAUUCCUGCGAGAGCCGUAGAACAUCUCGACGUCUCAUUAUGUUAGAUAUUGACGUCACACUGGGUUUACUUAUUCUGAUGGGCGGUGAAUGAUGGAAAGUUGGAAUUUGUUUAGUCAAAGUAAAAACAAAGCAUGGAGUAGAUUGGAGGCAGCUUUAAGGACCACUGCUUUUUAUGUGUGCUCUCGUGUCAAUCACAAAUCACCAGUGUUUUACUGCUCACCAUUUUCCAUUUGAAAAUUGGUUUCCUUCCACACAGGCAUUUGUUUCAUUUGUUUUUCAGUUACGGGUCAUUCAUGUCAGUAUGCUGUUAUUACGAGCCUGUUUGAAAGGAGUAACUAGUCAUCGCCAAAAAUAAACCUGGGUGGCAGUAGCUCAGUCUGUAGAGUUGUGUUGGGAACCGGAGGGUCGCCGGUUCAAUCCCCGUAUGGACCAAAGUACGGUGGGGGACUGGUAGCUGGAGAGAUGCCAGUUCACCUCCUGGG